AUGCAGAAAAAGCUCAAGUUACUGGCAAUAAGACAUAUUGUGCUUGUUGCAGCAAUAAUAUGUUCUUAUACACAGGAUCUAUGCAUUUAUGCAUCGGUGCAUUGUUCUAAUAAAAAGAAGUCUGAUCCAAAGUUAGACAUUGCAUGUAACAAAGGCGAUAAAUCCCGAAUUCCAGAGGGUAAGAGAGCAGGAGGUGUAGAAGAGUUAGAUAAUUCAAAGCAAAAAAUAGAAGAAGAAAAAGAAGAUGCAUUAUUGGGCAAUACAAAUAUAGAGAAUGCAAGCAGUGUAAAGAAUAUCUCUCUAAAUAAAGAAUUUCUGAGUAAAGGAGCUACAGCAUCAGAAAGCACAAAAACAGUAAACUCAGAAGAACAGUCGCCAUCUACAAAUCUAAAAGUACCAAAAUCGCCUAGAUAUUUAGAACCAGAAAAACAACUAUUGCCGCCUCCAAGAUGUAAAGAAAUUGCAGAGACACUAGAACUAAAAGAGCCAAAAUACACAUCAGAUACAAAGAACCAAAAGACGCACAAAAAAUCAAGAUAUAAACCAGCAUGUCUAUCUCAUGAGCAACAUCUAAAUCCACAAGCACCCUCGGAGGCACAAGAAGAGAUAGAAGUAUCAGAAGUUUCUGGCAAUAGCCCAAAAACAGCAAAGAGACAUAAAGAAAUCAGAAAUUUUAAGAGACAAGCUGAGAUGCUAAAAGAGUUAAAACCACUAAAAUCACCAGAAUUAGUAAAAAAUGUAAAAUUACAAGAAAACCCAGCAGAUACACAGGAUCCAGAAGAUGAUUCAGAAGAAGGUUCAAAAUAUGACCUAUUCAGAAUAGCAUCACCAAGAGAAUUGAUGUCUUAUAAUUUUUCUAUUAGUUCUGAAGAGUAA